AUGUAUCGGAAGUUGUCUAAGUUAGAACACUCGGAAAUAAAACAACUUCUUACAGAAGCUAAUAUAGAUGUUGCAAAGCAUUACGCGACAAACAAAAAAGCACUCGCUGACUUCAUUAAAGACUACAAUGGUGCAAUAAGUUAUGAUAGAAUUCAUGAGUUCAUAAAGCCGCAACGCGGCGAGGACGAAGUCCAUGCAAGAGCAUUUCCUUUAAAUGACAUUGCUAUUGACUUAUAUCAUAGACGUUCAGUACCUCAUGAAGUAAGAAGAGAAAUGUUUGACAUAACAAAUGCGAACGUUGGUCAUACUCGUAAAGCUCUUUCGCAUGAUGUUCGUCAAGAAAUGUUUGACAUAACAAAUGCAAACGUUGGUGAAACAAGAAGAAGAGACGACACACUGAAACAACAGAGAAGAGAGAUGUUUAAAAGUGCUAUAGAACAAGUUCGCAAAGCUAACGAUGUCAUUCGUUCCAUUGACGACAAACCAAAAGAAGGUGAGAGAUGGUUAAAGAAAGAUGAAGAGAAUAGGAAGAGAAAUGUGAAGUCAGGCAAUAGACUCAUUGACUUUAACAUCGAAGCUUUAGAUGAACCAAACAGAGAAUAUUUACACAAACAUUUCGGUAAGGUUUUCAUGAGACUCUUAGAGAAAAUUAAAAUAAACUCGCAACAAAGAUGGAUGGUAUGUUAUAAACUUGGUGGAAAGUAUGAAUGUUCUACGUUAAACCUCAAUAAUAUUGGAACAUUACUACAUCAGCUCUUGA